UUACUUCCACAUCUCAGAAUUCUCUGCGAUUCACAUAGUUUUAAGUGCUUCUCUUCACAGAGACAGAAAACAAAUAAGCUCUCGUCAAUGGGGGUGGAAGAAGAUAAACCUGCAGAGGAGAAGAAAAUGGAGGAGAAAGAACCUGAGAAAGAUGGAAAGAAAGUAGAAGAAGCUGCAGCUAAAAAGCCAGCAGAGGAAAAGAAAGGUGAAGACACUAAGGAGGAAAUGCCGCCGCAAGAGAUCAUCUUGAAGGUUUACAUGCAUUGCGAAGGCUGUGCCCGGAAAGUUCGCCGCUGUCUCAAGGGCUUUCAAGGGGUUGAAGAUGUAACGACGGAUUGCAAGAGUAAUAAAGUGGUGGUGAAAGGAGAUAAAGCCGAUCCUUUGAAAGUUCUCGAGAGAGUUCAAAGGAAGAGUCAUCGGACGGUGGAGCUUCUUUCACCGAUUCCGAAACCACCGAUGCCGGAGGAGAUAAAGGCAGAGGAAAAAGAGAAACCCAAGCCUGAAGAGAAGAAAGAAGAGCCGGCGCCGACCACGGUGCUUCUGAAAGUUCACAUGCAUUGUGAAGCUUGUGCUCAGGAAAUCAAGAAAAGGAUUCAAAGAAUGAAAGGGGUGGAAUCAGCUGAACCAGAUCUAAAGAGCUCCGAGGUGACGGUGAAGGGAGUGUUCGAACCACCGAGACUGGUGGAGUACGUGUAUAAAAGAACCGGGAAACACGCUGUGAUAGUGAAGCAAGAGCCGCCGCCGGCCGACAAGAAAGAAGAAGGAAAAGAAAAACCCGACGAUGGCAAGAAGGAAGAGAAAAAAAGUGGAGGAGGUGAAGGCGGUGAGAAACUGAAGAAAGAGUCCGGCGCUGAAGAGGAGAACAAAGAUAAAAAGGACGAAGGUGAUGAAACCAAGGAAGACCAAGCAGCGGCCGCGGAAGAAGCGGCGGAGGAGACGAAAGUGGCGGUGGAAGUGAAGAAAAACGAAUACUAUUACUACCAGCCAAGGUAUGUUACGGAGUUUUAUGCGUAUCCGCCUCCGCCUCAGAUCUUCAGUGAUGAGAAUCCUAAUGCUUGUACCGUCAUGUAAAAACAAGGAAGAUUGAAGGGCAUUAUAGGGGAUAAAAAAAGAAAGAAAGAAAAGAACAUUGAGCCGUCUUGCUCUUCACCGUGUCCCCCUUCAUUGUACUGUGUAAGCUCUGCCUAAUGGCUGUAAUAUUAUUGGGGAAAAAGGGGUAUAAUCUACAGAAUUAUCUGUAGAAUUUUGUUAGAGUUGUACUUUUUUUAUAUCAUAUAAAUAAUGAUAAAUCGUAAGAUAUAAAUUUCAAA